UCAUUUACGCUGCUGCCACCCAGAACGGCCCGUGCGGGUGGCUGCUUGCCUGCUUGUUGCGUUCAACGCUUCGCCGGCGAGUCGGCGACGACUAGGCGAGCGGCGGCGCCCUUCGCCGGCGACGGGUACCCACCAGGCUCAGAUGGGGUUCGAUGCCAUGGCGGCCGCAUGCUGCGUCCUUCCGGUGCUCGUCUCCUUGCUUGCCAUCCGCUUCGUAUACGUGCUUUGGCGCAGCGGCCAGCCGUUGUCCGGGUCGCCCACCGCCGGAUUGCGGUGUCUCAUCGUCCUCGGAUCUGGAGGGCAUACCGCAGAAAUGAUGAAUGUUGUAACAGCGGUUCAGAAGGAUAGGUUCACGCCAAGGUACUAUGUUGCUGCACUUACUGACAAUAUGAGUCUACAAAAGGCUCAGGUCUAUGAGCAGUCAUUGAUUCAGAGUGGAGAGAAGACCAUAAAAAAUGCCCACUUUGUGCAGAUAUAUCGUAGUCGUGAAGUAGGCCAAUCUUACUUUACCUCCAUUGCAACAACAUUGCUAGCUACAUUGCAUGCUAUGUGGCUAGUGAUAAGAAUCAGACCACAAGUGAUAUUCUGCAAUGGUCCAGGGACAUGCUUCCCUCUCUGUGUCUGUGCUUUUGUUCUGAAGGUGCUUGGUUUAGGAUGGUCCUCCAUUUUCUACAUUGAAAGCAUUGCAAGAGUGAAGAAGCUUUCGUUGAGCGGCUUACUGCUGUACAAGCUACGGAUAGCUGACCAGUUCUUCGUGCAGUGGCCCCAGCUGCAGCAAAAGUACCCUCGAGCAUACUACGCUGGCCGAUUGAUGUGAAGACUUGUCCAUAUCUGAUAUUGGGAUGCUUUAUUUUCCAGCCCAAAAUUCUGAACACGCUGACAAUUUUUGUACACAUUCAGGAAUACAAUCGUGGUUGCCUUAAAAGAGAGGCAUUACAGAUAUACUAUACAUGGGGCAUGGAAAUGCAAAGUUGCUUCAAGAUAAUCUUUCUGGAUGAAAGAGAAUCAAAGUAGACUCAUAUAAGUUAGUGCAGAGUGUAAAACUCAUUUUUAAUGUUUCAAGAGAAAGAUUAUCUGUUCUUAGUUGUGCUGGUGAUUGAUUCUGUA